UGUGACGUCAUGAGGCUGCGCCGCGCUCCUGUCUCUGUUGUGAUUCUUCUGCAGAAAGGAAAAAGUAACCAAACAUUGGCAAAAAGUGAGUGAGAUCCACGUGACACACUUUUAUAAAGAUGGAGUUUAUUAAAGAGGAGGGUGAAGAUGUGAGGAUUGAAGAAACAUUCAGAAUCAAACAUGAAGAUGAAGAUACUGAGGAACAAACAGUCCUGAUGCUGCUGAAAGAAGAGAAUGAAGUACUAAAUGAAAUGGAAGAGAAAACCCAAUAUGAGCAAGAUCUUCAUUUCAUACCUGGAGAAAAAUAUUUUAUUUGCUCACAGGCUCAAAAGUCCCCAAAAAAGGAUUCUUCUCGAAAUAGAGCCCAAAAUACAGACACUAGAAGUCAUUUCACCUGUCAACAGUGUGGGAAAGGUUUCAGUAGAAAAGAAAGCUUUAAAGUCCACAUGAGAAGUCACACUGGAGAGAAACCUUACACUUGCCAACAGUGUGGAAAAGGCUUCUCUCGAAAAGUAAGCCUUCUAGUUCACAUGGGAGUUCACACUGGAGCGUCUCCUUUCACCUGCCACCAGUGUGGAAACAGUUUUACUCAGAGAGGAAGCCUAAAAAUGCACAUGAGGAUUCACACUGGAGAGAAUCCUUUCACCUGCCAACAGUGUGGGAAAAGUUUCUUUCGAAAAGGAGGUCUUAAAAGCCACAUGGGUGUCCACACUGGAGAGAAGCCCUACACCUGCAAACUGUGUGGAAAGAGUUUUACACACAAAAACACUCUCAAUUCCCAUAUAAAACUUCACACCGGAGAGAGCUCGUUCAUUUGCAAUCUGUGUGAGAAGAGCUUCUCGCGAAAAGAAAGUCUUAAGAAACACAUGCACAUUCACACUGGAGAGAAGCCGUUCGUAUGUUAUCAGUGUGGAAGAAGUUUCACACAAAAACCAACUCUUAGUACCCACGUGAGAGGUCACACUGGAGAGAAGCCUUACACCUGCAAUCUGUGUGGAAAGAGCUUCUCGCAAAAAGGAAAUCUUACCAUUCAUAUGAGAAUUCACACCGGAGAAAAGCCUUUUGUUUGUGUUCAGUGCGGCAAGAGUUACAGAAGUAAAGUAAACCUUAAUUCCCACAUGAAGAAUCACUCGCGAAAACUGUUCUAAACGUCAUCAAUGUGGAAAAUGUUUCACACUUACUCUUUGUCAGUGCCAGCUUCACCCAGCCUUCUGGCUCUGCUCCCUUCACUGAUUCCAUUGGGCUUCCUGGCUCUGUCCGUUUCGCCAAACUCCUCGGCUCCUUCCCUGCUAGCUACUCCCAACCUCCAGCUCUCCCUCGGGCUUCCCAGAUCUAUGGGACUCUGAGAGACCUCUUUUUAAUGUGGAAUUAUACAUUUACUCAAGAAUGCUCUACUAUUUGGUAACAAACACUUUAACAGUUGGCCCUAAAUUCAAAUAUUUCUUAAUAAUAAAGGAAUAUUAUUGAAAAAUAAUGAAUUACAGAUAAAGACACAAGGUAAAAACUAGAAGAAGAAAAAUUCUAUAGAGGUUCUAUAAACUCAUUAAUAAUGUUUUCAAAGAAAUUUGCAAAAAUAGACAUAGACAGACUAGACUAUUUUAGAACAAAUUAUGAGCUUAUUGACGAUUUUUUAAAAUAAUUUUUGACAAAAUUAGAAUUUUUUAGGAUUUUGUUUUAGUUCCUUUUUUUUUGCCUAGUUCCUACGUCUAUGGCCCAAUGACGAUAUGAUGAGCAUUUUCUACAUAUUAAAAAUUGCGGGUCAGGAAGCGGGUCGGGUACAAUAUUUUCUUUUCCUUUUUUUGCGGUCCGAUUGGCGGGCGGGUUAGUUGAAAAUGUCGGUCGGGUGCGGACCGUGCGGGUUAUUAAUACAUUGACCCGCGCAUCACUGAUGUGUACUAAUACGUACUCAUUAAAUUUAUUCAAAUAAAAUACGAAAAUAUGGCUGUCAAUUAAAAAACAAGUAAUUGGUAAUUUAAAAAAUACAAACAAAAUGUACAAGAUAUAAUUUCACAUGCAAGAGUAUUAGUGGUGUUAUAUAAAUUUAAGAAAGAGAGAAGUGCUUUCCCCUACUAUACUAUAACAUUGCAAAAUUAUUUUUUGUAUUUGGUGUAAUGCAAUGUGUUUAUGUGGUUUGGGGUAAAUAUAUAUAUAUAUAUAUAUAUAUAUAUAUAUAUAUAUAUAUAUAUAUUCUAAUACUAUACAUUAUUGUUACUCCUAUAUGCCCGCCUUAAACGCGUUGAUUUUUACAAAGCUCUUUGUUCUUAAAAUAACUUUUCAGAUAGCUUCGCCACAAUGAAACAGCGCGUCUCCACGACAGGACAUAAGUAAACGAACGUAUUUACUUGAUACAAAACUGAUUCGGCUUUAUUAAAAUGUGUGCAUGAUCUAUUCAUUAGCUAGUCUAAAUAGGGUGAUAUCAGCUAAAUUGGGCCACUUUUUGGUAAAUCGUUUGGGACAAUAAUACAAUAACAUAUAUGCCUAUUCCAUGUGUAUUUAUGUUUGAUAAUGAAUAACCCUAACCCUGUUUUUUAUAAUUUUGUGUUGAAAUUAUGUUAUAAAAUAUAAUUAUUUAGGCCCUACAGUUCUUGAAACAUCAGUUGUGCCAAUUUUUUUUGCAUGAGCAGUUUCAGGUAAAAUGGGCUGGUCAAACUGCAAAGGGAAAUAGUAAUUUAUCAUCAAUUUUAAUUUUAAAACACAACUGCUUAUACAGCCACAUAACAUUUAAUCUGCAUUAAAUAAACAUAUUCAUAUGUGCCAUUAAAAAAUAAAAUACAUUUUGGGUGCAAACCCACAUAUUCAAAUGUGCAAUUAACCCUUGUGCGUCCCUCAUUUGGGAGUCACACUCAGGGUCUUCACGGUCAAAAGUGACCGGACACCUGAAAUGUAACUUUUUUGCCCCCCAGUAAAAUCAGUGGAAUAUAUUUUUAUUCAAUAAUAUUUUU